AUGACUCGCAGUCGCUUUGUAUUUUUGGCUGUUAUUGUGUGCUUGACAAGAGUUUUCGCUUUUAAUUUGGAUGUAAAAGAUCCGUUCAUCUAUAAGGGCACGUCCGGGGAAUAUUUUGGAUAUACUGUUGUGCUACACAGGCAGAGAGCUGUAGGAAAUUGGUAAGUCAUAAUCUUCAAUUUGAAAAGUUUGUCGAGGUGAGUAAAGUAAUCACAUGAUACUGAAGUUCUGGUGAUCGUAAUAAAUGUUAUGGAUUUCGUUUGUUAGCUCUCCCUAACGCUUCAAUAACCAUCUCUCAAGUAGAACGUGACAGAAUGUUGAAAGAUGAACUGUUUGGAAAACCUUGAAUACUUAUCACUCGAUUACACCAACUAAGAUCGCGAUAUUUAUCAAAUCGAUUGGUUCAUUUACUUACGCUUUAUGACACUAAGAAUAAUUUGUGAGUUUAAAUGUAAUUACAAAAUGAUGAUCAUACUCCUAGGAGGAGCGAAAUUAGUUUGAAUCGUUGUAAUCUUGUAAGCGAACUCUAGUCUUAAGGCUCUAUACUUGAAAAACAUUAAAGUUUUAACGAUCUUUGUCGAGCCUGUCUUCUCAAGUGAAUUAACACUGACAGAAAACAGUUUUUCAGGACAAUAAUUGUAAUUAUAGAGAGAAGCAACAAGUGUUAGUUCUCCUGUUUGUUUUGAAUUGCCCGAUUUUGCGUAUUUGCGGCCAGGUACAACUCAGAUUUAGCUUUUUGCCUAGGAAACUUAGUUGGUUUGUGAAAACUCAAUUUUAUGAAUCGUGAUUCUGCUAAAUUGACUUAAUUUUAUGAGUUAUUCAUUUCAUGAGGUGUUGCAUGUGUCUGUGGUCACGGCUAUCAUAUCUGUAGAUUAAUGCGCAUAAAAUACAAAAGAUAACGAUAUUGACGAGUUAUUAUUUAUUCACUGAUUUCUUUCCUCAGUAAACCUCGUUAAUCUCGUCCAUUCUUUGAUAUUCGAGUCGGUAUAAAAUCACCAUGUCCAUGUGUCCAUAUAAUUCAUGCACGAUACAUUUGGAUUACUUCAUCGAGACGGUAGUAUACAAAAGGCCCCUGGCAGACUUUCAUGGAAUGAAUAAUAUGUGACCAUUUAUAGAAGUUAAAAAAUUAGAGGAGUUAUUUUGAAACAGAAGCCAAUAUUUCAACCUCUUCGCUUUUCAGCGAUUUUCCACGCUCAACCCACUAUUAAAGAUAGUUAGAAAUUUCCUGAUUCCCUAAUGCGAGGAGAAUGUAAACACAACGCCCGCGGGAAGUUAGUGGUAGAGGGAGACAACGGUAAAGAAAAGACACAAUUGAAGUUGGCGCCUUCUUUGAUUUACUAAUGAAACGUCAAUGUAUUAUUUUAAUUUCUAGGGUAAUUGUGGGUGCACCAUUUGGCAACAAAACGUCAGGAGACACUGAAAGAACUGGUUAUGGAAGUGUGUAUAAAUGCAGUUCAAAUUCGCAGUCAAAUCCAUGUCAAGUUAUAACGAUUGACAACAGCAGUAAGUACUUUCUACAUAGCCUGUGAGGAAGUCACCGUUGCUGGUGGUUUUGUGUGCCCUGUGAAACGUAGUGACAAAGCCGCUGAGGGGUUAGGAUUAGGAAAUGUGUGGGAAAUUACAUGUUUUGGUGUUUCGGUCUUCCGGUUUAUGACUGACAACUGACAACUAACAACCAUGAUCGCCUCGCGCUUUGUCGUCCGUUCCAUUCAUUCAUUCAACUUCCUUUGAAACCACGGAGAAGCUAUUCUUUAAAGAGUUUUGACAGUCAGACACUUACCAGUUCUUGAUCGUAAUUUGUAAUGCGGCUUUUGAGGAUGCGAUAUUCUCUGUAUAUAGCCUGGUACCCAGCAGUUUCAUUUUGCUAUUAUCUGUGCGCAGUCUUGGAUAAGUGAGAGCUUCUCUGUGAGGUCACGGCUCAUAGGAGGACCAAAUGUGAUUGAGCCGACAUCGUGAAGGGAUUAGUGUAGCGAAUGCACCGAUAAAUUGACAUAUUUUUAUUAUUUAACCAGUGAUAUCUGAAAUACAUGAAAAAAUGAUUUAGAUAACAGUAAUUACAAUGAUAACAAACAAGGUAAAUGAAAAUUAAACGAAGAAAGGAAAACAAGAACAUACCUGACGGUUGGGAUUCUUUUACGAAACGACGUAGAGACACUCAAGGAAUAAUUCUGACUGAUUAUUAAAUGGCGCGAAAACUAGCUGAUACCGCGCAAAGAUUGGUGACUAGCAUAUCGCUGAGAGACGUUACCACUACAAGGCUGUUAGCAUUUGAUUUACUGUAAAUCUAUUUUAACAGAUCCUUUGAUAACUUAUUGGAGAGAUGAAAAUGGCGUCACCCUUACGGCGAAUUUAGAAGAGAAAAACGGCCAGAUGCUUGGAGCAACUUUGGACAGCAUACCUACCAAAGACAACGGCGCAUUGUUGGUACGUACUGGCCAGCGUUUUGAAAGUUCUCAGAUACAACUAGCCUAGAAUCAAGUGUUGCUCUCUUUUCAGCACGAAUAAUACGAUACUUUCAAAGGAGAUGCGCUUUUCGCGUUAGUAGAAAAGGAACGUUUGAUCGUAAGUUUAAACUCAAUUUUCUUGCCCUCUCUGAGGAGUAACGGUUUAUCCCAGUCUUCAUCUUUCCAGUCCCUGCUCCGACAUGUUUUUUGUCACCUUUCUCGUACCACCCCUCCCCCCUCUUGCAUGUUACGAAGGCUAUUUUUGCUUCAUGCUAAGAAACCGAAUUUCAUAACCAGUCAAUCUAUUACUUUGUCAUCCAUGAUUCAAGUCCAUUUAAAAAAUUUGAAAAAAAAACCGACAAGCCUUAAAAUCCUUUUUAAAGUGGUGCUGUGUAGAAGCGAAAAAACCGUGAGCCAUUUCCAAAUUAGUUUCAUGUAGAGACUUCAUUCAAAAUCUCGAACAACAUCCCUGUUCGUCCGUUUAAGAUAACCUUUUUGUUUUCCUAGGCCUGUGCACCAAAGUACACUUUCCGUGGAGAGGUUGCGCGCAUUCCUGCUGACGCCAGACCUGAAGAUAGACGAAAGUUACUGUUGGGAAAAUGUUUUCUAGUCAGAAAUGACUUGUCUGGUAGAACGUCGGACGGUAUUCGGCCAUGCUAUCGCGGCGGUGAGUAUAUUUAUCAUUUGCUCAACUUAUUACAUUAGGCAUCGUUUACAGGGACGAUGGAUGACCAGAAAUUUUCACUUUAAUAAACGCUGCUUACCAAGAGUAAUGAAGAGUUAGCACAGUUCUGCUUCGCUUGAGCGAGCACGGUAAUGCGUAUAUAAAGAUAAACAACUGACCUCAUUGUUUCAGUAUGGAUUAUUUGAGACCAGAGUGUGAGCAGUGUUAUUAAGAUCAUUUUUCAUUUUUGUCCAAUUUAGACAAUGGUUUUAGCGAUCAGUACAACGCAAAUAAGGAAGGGGCGUGUGAGGCUGGAUUUAGUGCUGCUCUGUCACAGGAUGGGCUAACUGUGCUUAUGGGUGCUCCCGGGAGAUACUUAUUGAAUGGUGAGCUCUACAUUAACCAUAUGCGUUUCUGAUAUACGUUAUAUUUAUUAUUUUAAUUGAGCAACGAAACUUCUGUUUAGAGUGAGGCAAGUUUUAAUAGGUUCUUGGUUCUAAUGAGGGAUCUGAUCAUUAAAAUCCAACCCUUACAAAUUUGCUCUAUGGUAAUAGCGCCCAACUAGUAUCUCGGAUGUACAGGUUCAGAACCUUUCGAAGCCUAGAUUUUCCUGUCAGGACAUUUAUCUGUGAAGAUUAAAUUCCCACGUCAAGGUGCUGUGAGAAAUGAACCGUGAAAAAAGAGCGAGUCCUUUUUGAAUUUGUUUGUGUUCACAUGCACUGAGUUAUGUUUUAUAUUAUUUGAAGUCUCUUAAUUAACGGUGCAUCUUUGAAACUACUACUUAAGAUGAAACCAUAAUGCGUCGAUCAAGUCGAAGUUUCGACAUUCCCCACCCUCCCCCCUGAGCAACCCCCAGGUAUUUGAACUUUUGAGGAUGGGUUUGUUUCAAUUCCAGCCCCCGGGGCUGAAAUUUUGUUCAAAUACCCCAAUUUUUUUGUAAAUAUCGAAAAUGGCUUUACAUUUGUUGUAACCUUCAAUCACGGUACAUAUCUCAAAGUACAUCUCUACCUUUUUUUCCCAAUUAGGAUCAAUCUCAGUGUUCUAUUCUGAUACUCAAGAUUCUGCAAGAACUUUUUCAGCUCUGUAUCCUGAUCUUAGCAGUGGUAGCGCUUUGGGUGAGUUUAAAUGGGAUAAUCGCUUUUUUUUAUAUUUUUAAUAUUUUUGCAUCGAAAAAUCCAAAACCUAAGUAGUUACGUUGGUUAAUCAAAUCAAAAGAAAAUACGCCAAAAAGCAAAUAAGAUCCUAAGUAAAUUCGCGAAUGACUCCAGCGCGCGCAAGCACGAGGGUCCAAGUCCCGACUGGUUUUGGCAUUUGAUUGGUUGAGAGGGUGAGGCGGGUACAUUUGACCAAUCACAGGGUGCAGUGUAGCAAACCCAUCCAAUCCUGUAUUACUUUCGAGUUAAGACGGCUUAGUUCUGUGCCUCAAUUACUGAAAUUUGUCACGGUGAUUACAAACCCUUGUAGUAGUACCAUAUUGAGUCUUAUUCAACGCAAGCCAAAUAUUUCCGACUCCCCUUAGAAGGAAUUGAGGAAAGUUACAAUUCGCGAAUAAUUCGGGCGAUUAAUUCACGAUUUUAUUUGCAUUUUAGGUUACGCCGUUGGAAUUGGAAAUUUCAAAUCUCAAAAUAAGAGAAGAGAAGGUAUGAAGUUCCAUCACAUAUGAAAGUCUGUUGAAUGCCUUCUUGUUAAACCGGUGACACACACUGGCGAAAACACUGCCAAUUAGAAACAUGAUCUAACUUUUGCUUGUUUUCUUGUUUUUAUUUUCAUUCAUAAUCCAGAGUUUCUGGCGAGUUCGACGCGAGCUAAUAAUCUCCUGGGAAAGGUACAGAACAUUAAGUAUCUUUUUAAUAAUUAGUAUAAAAGUCCUAUCGUCAAGAAUUGAACAGCUAAUUUUGAAUAAAGCACAGAUCCCAUCGUAACUAAAGGAAGAUGCGGUUUUCUUUAUUUGAUCGGCACGUGCUGCGCAUUUUUUACGACCCGUUUUUUCCGCGCUUGACUUAGGUUGCAUACUGUCGCUUCGAUUCCUGACUGGCGCGUUAAGGCAUGUGAGUUCACUGUAGUUUAUCACGGUUUCUGUGUUGGCGGAACUGUGGAUAUAUUUUUUUUUCCGAUUUUCUCUUCUACUUUGGUAAUCUAAUCACAGUUUUAAACAGAGGGGACGACAGACAUUCACGUCUAUGUGAUUUUAUGGUUUUUUUUGUUUUUUAUCAGGUUGUAGCAUUUGAUGUGAACACGGACAACUUUGAUACGUCCGUCAGCUUUACUCUUCCUUUGCCCACAACUGCUCAGGUACUCAUCACCGCCAACAAAAGAGAAUACAAUUAAUUUAAAAAUCAAUGCUAUAAAAUCGCUCGCGCGCGAUUGGUGUAAGUUAAACCCAAUCAUUAGACUAAAUAUGCCCCAUGUACGACGAUGGAGUACAUAGGACAUACACAUGGGUGAUAUCCCAACUUGAAUCUUAAAAACCUUUCCUCCGAUAAGUGAAAGUCUCCGUGUCGAAUUAUAUUCAACACAUUUGGGAGAUUUUAACUGUGCAAAGUUUUCGCACGCAGUUGAGUGUAUGAGAAACAUGUACGGAAAGAAAAAAUUCUGCGGGGCGAAAGAUUCAUUGCAUUGCUUAAAUUGAAUGGAAAGAAAAAUUUAAAAACGAUAACCGAGUCGUUACAUCACAUUUAAAGUUAAUGAAAUGAUACGGAUUCAAUCACGGACGGUAGAAUCUCUAAGGCAGAUCAUCACCUUGCCCUAAGAUCUAAAACACAGCUUCCUUUUAUUUUCUUAAUUUAGCUGAUUGUCUCAUCUUUCUAUUUGUUCUGUUUUGUUUCGUAGUUGGGAAGCAAUUUUGGUCAAUGCCUUUGUGUUGUGGACUUAAACAAUGACGGGUAAGGAAUGUUCUUGUCAGGUGAAUUCAUUCUUCGAUUAAGCCGAUAAAGCCAUAACAAUCAAUUCUGAUUUAAUUUUUUGCAGUUUUUCCGACUUGUUGGUAGGUGCUCCUUAUUACAGGCACAGUGAAUACGGAGAUGAAGGAAGAGUUUAUACGUACAUGAAUAGCGGAAAGGUAAUUUUUAAACGUAAUAUUUGCGUGACAGCGGUCGUUGAUUGAAAUUUUGAUCUACUUGCGCAUGCUCUACAUUUGACAGCUGAGUCAUCGAAUUGUGAUGUAAUCAAUUUGUUUGUGUUUCAGACCCCUGGGACUCUUAAUCAUAAGGAAUCCAUGACACUGGAUGGGAGAAAAACGAUGAGAUCUCUUUUUGGGUACGCGAUGGCUGUCGCCGGAGACUUAAACAGGGAUGGAUUUACAGGUAGACGGCAAAAACUUUCUUUACUGGAGAGGAAAUCGAAUGUUACUAAAAACAGAAAUGGGAAGCGGGGAAAGGGAGUCUGGAACCGAAAAUACAGCGACAAUCUACAUCAAAAUUCUAAAUGGCGGAUGACAACAUGGAAAAAGAGUCUGAGCUAUAGUUUCAGGCACGCACUUUUUGAAGUAGGUCGUGAGAACAUUCGGCGUGGAUAAUAAAUGAAGAUUUUGAUGAAGGGUUUUUGACUUGAUCUUUGACUUCAAAAUUUUAGUUUACCCUGAUAUAAAUUGCAAGCGCGAUAGAAAUUUUGUUACUCGGAGUAACGUUCAGCGGAAAUCCUCGGCCGAUAUUACUUGUGCUUCUACGCCACAUAGAAACGGUUUUUUUUUAGUCUAGGUGGCGGUCGCAGAUUCAAAUAUUCACCACAGUGGAACAAAAAUUACCUCAUUUUGAUUCUGUGUUGAAUUUCACUCCUAUUUUGUCUUGUAAGAUGUUUCUUAAUUUUCAACCCAACAAGAAAAAGAUUUGGAUUUGUAAGAUAUAUUUUGGAUUCACAUGAAACAACCUUUUAACCUUAUUUUUUUCCAUCUCCUUUUCAAAAACAGAUGUUGCAAUAAGUGCACCGUAUGGCGGUAAAGAUCGAGGAGGUGUUGUAUUUAUCUACUUCGGCACGAAAGAUGGCAUUGAAAGUUCGUUUAGACAGGUAAAUUAUUUUAACAGCGUCUUACCAUAGGUCAUAAAAAAAAACAGUACCGAAUGUUGCAUCUAUUUUAUUGAAUUACUAUUUUCACUCAACGCAGGCAAUUGAGGCAUCCGACAUUUCUGUUGGAGUGAAGACGUUUGGAUUUUCUCUGGCGGGUAAUGUUGAUGUGGAUAACAAUGGCUAUCCAGGUCAGUCGGAUCGCGUGAAUUUGCCCAUUUGAGCAUUUUAUUGAUGUCCUCUGAUAAAUAAAAAACGCCAGAUUUUCUUGUACACCGGGGCGGUGGGACUUUCAUUUGGUGGGACAGGGAAGGCAAAAAAUCGUGACGCAGCAAUAGAGUAAACUAUGAGAACAGUGACUGUGCAUGUGAGAUUUUAGGACGUCAUAGAUUCCUUAACUGUUUUAUUUAGAACAGAAUGAGAAUCUCACGGGCAAGGUUUUCCUAUAAUUCUUUAAGAGUCACCAUAUAUAACUACUUUUAAAAAGGAAUGCCAGUAGACCAUAGUAAAACUAACUACACGUACCUAGAAGCCCGCCAUGUACUUAGAAGUCCAAUGAAAAUUUUUGUAGUUCUCCAUAUGUAAGCACAAACAGGAGAGCUGGUGACGAGUGUUCUUCUGUCUUAUGAUGACCAACCUGACUCGAAUAUUCUACCUCACAACGUGCUUCUCACCAUUUUUGUUAAUGUUCCGUUCUCUGCACAGAUCUCGCUGUCGGUGCUUAUUCUUCAGACAGAGCUUUCCUUCUAAGGUAAAACUAAACGGAUUUCAUUUCCAUAUCUCAAGAAUCUCAAAAAGUGUAUAUCUUGAUCAAUGGAAUGCCAAACCAACACCUGUCGUGCGAGGCCUGCAGAACACGCGUAAUUUUUUUGCGUCUUUAACACAAAUACAGGCAACUUUUUUUUUCGCGCUCCUGUCAUUGUGCAAUUGAAACUUGAUCUGCAAAAAAAAUCGUAAAAGAUAAGAAAACUUUCAAAAUAUUCAGUUAUUGCACUGUAUAAUUAAAUUUAAUACCAAAGAUCUAAAUCUUUUUACUCGAUAGAUCACGACCAAUUGUAGAGAUGGAAGGUGAACUUAAACUGAGUGUGACUCAAAUUUCACUGGAAGACAAUAAAACCGUGCAGCUAGCAGCAGACGGCGUGUCACGAAAAAGGUACUUUUUCACCAGGGGAGGGUGUGUUGGAGGUUGGGCUCGUUGAGAAUUGUUGUUGACUAAAAUAAAAGCCUUAAAUAAUUUUACUCGAGAGUGGCCAAACGCCGGAGAGAAAAGGAAACAAAGAGGGCCGCGGAUGGAAAAGAUUAAACAUGGAAUUGAAAUCAGCAAUUUGAAAUAUGGAACUGAGCUUAUUAUUUAAUGGUUUCUCUGACGUUUCCUCUUCAGUCGACAAGGAAUUCGAUAGAAAUAACUUGAAAAUACAAUUGCGAAAAAAAUCUUUACCUUAAUUUGACUUUUUUGGUUGCAGUAUCAAUGUGACUGUUUGCUUGAAAUACAAGAAUCAAAUGCCGUCCCUUGGUAGGUUAUCUCAUCGUUUCUUUCUGUUUGUAUGUGUACAACUAAACUUGUCUGUCUAUCUGUCCGUCUUCCUUGGUUCUUGCCUGAUUCAGUUCUUCCCUGGCAGUCUGUCUGUCGGUUUGUCCAUCUGUUUUUGUUUUUUAGUCUGUCUGUCUGACUGUAUGUUUGGCUCUCUCACGGUCUGUCUCUCUCUCUCCUGAGUCUGUCUGUCUACCUGUCCUCUCUCUUCUCGUUCAAGUUCCUGAAGUUUCUUUGCAUUUAGAUCAUACUUCUAUGGUUUAUGGGUAAUUGUGUAGAACAGCUCCCUGAAAUAAGCUGUGAGCCGACUAUCGGCAAAGUGUCAGCCUACAGAUGACCGACUGUUCACCGAAACGCUACCGACGCGCUACCGACACGCUACCGACAACUGAGGUUAUCAGUUAACCAUUACAUAAAUUGUAUUUGUACUUUUACAGCAAUAUACCUAAAUUAACUUACUCUGCAUACAUUUGGUCACUUUUGGAAUGGAUUGAUACCACAAUAUUUCGGCUUGGAUAUCUCGAGUGACAGAUAACCGACUGGCCACCGACAAGUUAUUAGUUAGCCAGCAAAAAUUCUAUCUGUUCUUUUACAGCAUUAUAACCGAAAAUUAAUUGACUCUGCAUACGUUGAGUCACUUUUAAAAUGAUUUUAUUACAGAUUUAUCCAUCACCUUGUUAAAGACAAUUUCAUUUUUUCGUUCUAUAUCAAAUCAGGUCAGCCAAACGUCUCAUUCUCAGUCGAACUUGACAAAGAUCGCUUCACAGACGGUUUCGAUCUUCGCCGGAUGUUCUUCUUCCAAGAAGGCAAAACUACAUUCUCUAUCGCACGGCAUGUAGUAUUAACGAAGCAGAAUGAAUGGCAUUGCCAGUUAGUUGACACAGCAUACCUCAGGGUACGUUUUCUAAGAUCAAGUUGACUUCUUAAUUAAGCAUUAAAGUGGUUAUAUGAUUGAGUGCCAAAUCUUAGGUAAUUACCGCAGCGCGUCAUAAGAAAAGUGGACAACACAAGGAAACAAUGAAGCGCGAAUGAAACCAAAAUAUCAACCAGUUUUGCAUCUGGUUAGUUUACUGUAUGACGUCAGUAGCAUGGUGAAAUAAACCAUCAAGUGCAAUCCUGGAUUAUUUUAUUCAGUUGCUUUCACAAGUUUGUAGCGAUCAUCCCUUUUUUAUGGCUUAAAACUCAAAGUGAUUUUUUUUGGAGCUGCCUGAAAUUCUCUUCCUUUUGACGCUCACCAGUUCUUGGCAAUUUAUGACUUUUUUAUCUUUAAUGAACUCACUAGUUAACCCCCCUUGCUGAGUUAAUUCUUACUCAUAAUGUAAUUAAAAACAAGCUUUAUUUUUUCCUCAGGAAAAGGACCAACUCCAGGACGUGUUUGAUCCUUUAACAUUUGAUCUGACCUACGAUCUUUCUCAGUCACCGUCCUGUACACUUUGUCCGAUUUUGAACGACCACAAUGACAUUGCUCAGCGGUCUUUUAGAGCCACAGUAAGUGUAUGAAAAAGAAAACCAUAUAUGUUUCAGCCUGGCAUUUAUUUGCAGCCGCGCUGUUUCUAUGUUAAGUAACGUUUAUUAUUUUUAACUUUUUACAGGUAGGCUUUGUCAAGCAAUGUGGAAACGACAAAAUCUGUCAACCAGACUUAGCUAUCAAAGGAUCACUGAUAUACGGCGACGGGUGAGUUUUAUAUCGACCUUACCAUUUGGAUUCUUCUUACUGUCUGUCAUACGCUAUUUAAGGUUAUGACAAUAGGGUUUUUAAUUAUUACACCAGACAUCUUUUUUUUCCAUAUUCGCUAUUUGUCUCAUAAUAUCACACAAAUUAUCAAAAUUUAAAAACAUGGCCACCAGACGAAAAAAAAAUUUCAAUUUUAGUCUCACUGAUACUUACUCUCUCCAUUUUGGAUCGGUUUGUCCCCCGCUAAGACGAGACUGAUAAAAUAUUUCUCAUUUUCCAAGAAGAAAUCUUUAUCUUUGAUUCCAUGAGGAUUGCUUAGUUGUAAUGUAAUGAACUGGAUAAAACACGUGCUAUGAUUGGUUAAAAUGAAGCAAGUAUUAUCUUAUUAUCAUUGCACUAUCUUAUCACAGGAAGCAAAACGAGCUUCUGAUUGGGGAUGUCAAAACACUUACUGUCCGGGUAGAGGUAGAGAACAAAGCACAGGACGCAGCCUACCCUGGAAAGGUCAUGGUGACAUAUCCAUCCCUCAUCGACUACGCUUACAGUGAGGUUCGUCCUUAUGUAAAAUGGAAAAGUUUUAAGUAUGCUCAAUGGAAAACGUCGACCGCUCGAAGCAUCGUCGAGUAAUGCUCGGAUUGCUUUGCUAUUAUUUUGUAAUGAAAAUUACAUAUAGCUUAAGUUUUCGCGAAUAUGAGAGUUAUCGUACUGGCUUGUUCGUCUUGGCGUCCCUUAAUAACGGGUUUCUUCAAAUCGAUAACGUUUUAAAACUGCUGGUAUCAUUUGUCAGGCCUCGGCCAGGGGGAAACAGUGGGAUACAGACGUGCCCAGUUGUUUCCUCGUGAGAAAUCAGCGUACCUUUAUAUUGUAAACGGUUUGAUACCAAAUGCUGAAAAUUCACAGAAUUGUAACAAUACCAAAGAUUAAGUGGAAGGAUAUAAUUUAUAACCAUAUUGCGUUGAGAAAUCUCCUAUACUUGAGUAGAGAAUACAACAGACACCAAAAUAACUAAAACUUCUUGAUCGGUCUAAUUUAUUUUUGUUUACUUGUUUGCUAGGUUUAGAGUGUAAACGAUUUGUUUGUUUUAUUUUGUUUUUGUUUUGUGCUUGCCUUUGUUUUCGGUUUUUUUUUAAACAUAAUCUUCCUUGAUUCUUUUGGCAGGAUGUAUCCUGUUCAACAAAGUUGUUGGAGGACGGCAACAGGCAAGCAGAGUGCGCCAUUGGAAAUCCUUUCAGGGGGAAUACCAAGGUAAACAAAGUGAAAAAAAAGAACAUGUUCGGAAUGAUCUCUCUAACUCUCAUGUACACGAAUGACGUCUUGAAAGUCGUAAGAGAAAAGUACGUCUCUCCUAAAGUGCACGAGAGAAAAAUAUCUCUCCUUCUUUACUGACGUCGUGGUUUAUCCAAAAUUAAACCCGCUUAGUUUCUCUGGUUGACCUUUUCAUUCAUUCAUUUCUAACCGAUGAAGGUUCUCUUUAUUUUUUAUUUAUUUAUUUAUUUUAUUUAUAUGUUUUUCUACAUCACUAUAAAAAAAUUUUGGCUAAAGCCUUAGACAUCUAUUGCGGUUUCACUUGACCAGAACUUGAAUUACAGCUGCACAAGCCUUAAGUAGCCACAAGCUAAUAAAGAGAAAGACACUUUUUUUUGCAUUCUUCAAUUAUUAAGUUACGUAUUAGUCAAAUUGCCCCAAGACGUAUGUUUGGGGUCCAGUAUUAACAUUUUUUUAAAUGGAGAGUUAUUCUGUCAAGCAUUAUUUUCAUUUUAUUUUCAAACAAAUAGAAACAGUUCGAUGUCAUAUUCAACGCCCAAAGAAUCACGGGAAACAUAACUCAGUUUAGUAUUCAUCUUGAGGCUACAAGGUGAGUACUUUAACAUGCGGAAAAGCAAUUGAACUGUAUGUAACUAAUACAAACCAGGGCUUUUUUGUCAAAGAAGAGGGUAUACAUUAUGUUAACGGAUCCUAAUCACCUAUAAACAACAUCAUCAGCGCUUCCAUUUUUUUCUACUUUACAAAAUUUCGUCGAUAGCCAAAAAGAAAUAUUUGAGGUUUCCCAGACGUCAACAAAAUUUGAAGCGUGGUUGACUACGAUUCUUUGAUAAUGAAUUUCUUAUUUUCAUAUUCUUAGUGGUCUCAGUGAAGACGUGGACAAAUCUAAUAACAAAGAAAGUCUCCAAGUUCCUGUCAAAUUUGAAGCAGAUCUUAGUAUUGUUGGGUAAGUGUUACAUUUUACCAUUCUCCGCUCUCAAAAUUUACGAGAGAUUAAGCAUCAGCUUGGUCUGUUCCAACCAUUCUCAUAUGUCACUUUUUUUUUUUAGACCAUGCGAUCAUUUUUUGUUGUUGUUGUUUUGUUUUUACAUUGAAAGUAGGCUUGACCCAGAAUUUAAUAAAAUUGGUUUAUCAGAAAAAGAAACUUAACUUGGAAGUACGACAUGCACUGUAAGACUACAAGUCAACUGCUGCGUUUCCGAUAAAAACUACCUGAAAAUCUCCUCUGCGACCAAGCUUGAAGAGUUGCGGCUUAACUGUUGACCAUGGGAACUUCAUAAAAUGUAAAAUAUCUGACCACCGAUCGUCUCCCAAAUGUAGGUAAAAGGCUUACAUUUCUUUUUUUCCCUUCAGAUUUUCUAAUCCAGAUCAAGUGGUAUACAAGGAUAAAGUUUCUGAGGUCAAGAACGCUUUUGAUAUUGGACCUUCAGUAAAGCAGACCAUAACAGUAAGUCGCUGACUUUUCGUUUCUCUUCUUUUUCACUGUGGGAAGUUUGAAAACUUGAUAAUAACAAUGAUGAAAAUGUAAGUAAUAAUGAUAAUGAAAAUUAUCAUUUGAAUUAUAAUUAUAAUAAUGAUAAGAAGGCUAUUAUUAUUACCGCUGGUCAACAGUGCUCACAUUCGUGAUUCCUCUAUCACUUCCUGGUUACCACAGAUGCCUAGUCUCGCUACUUGAGUCAUUUUUCAUUCCAAAUGAAAAUUACUACAGGAAUGCUUUACUUUUACCACAGUACCCCCUGUGAUUGGUAAAACAAAAUCGUGCCAUCUUCUAUCACAACCAAUCAGCUGCAAAACCAAUUGCAACUUGAUCACUCACGAUUCCCGUCAAACAUAUUUUCUAUUUCCCCCCACAAACGUGCGCAUGCGUGAUUGGUCGUUUUAAAAUCUCGCUGGCUGGAGAGGCUCACAGUCGGUAAGCUUUCUAUCGCAACUGCCCCUUUAAAACCUGUUUGAACCUGUUUUUACAUUCUAGGUAAGGAACAACGGUCCCAGUCCUAUCGAAUAUGCAGAGGUUACAAUUGAGGUUCCAUUUAAGUAUAACAAGGAGGAAGGUCCAAACUACUUGCUGUAUUUGAUGGGAGUAGACGUAAGUCAAAGUCAUUUUGAUCGAAAUAUCCUCGUGACGUUUUGUAAACUGCUGAACUCGUCGUUGUUCUUCGGAAACUUUCGGAAGGAUAACCUUCGGAAGUAAUUUUGCCAAGAAUUUGGUCCGAGUUCGUUCAAGAUUCUUAUUUUUUAUUUCACUACAUCAAUAGGUUCUCGGAAAUGCAGGAAGUUGUAAUGUGAAGAGCAAUCCUUUAAAUCUUCAGGUGAGUUGUAUUUAGAGAUUUAUAUAGCUUGCAAGCAGUUCUUCAUUAUCACUGCUUCGGCGCAAGCUUCUUCGCCCGCGGGAAAGAAAUGAGACCGUGAGCAACGCCAGCCACCGAGAGGUCUGGAAAGGAUCUAGCACUGAUAAUUAGUGCCAGACUCCUAGAAAAUCUUCACGCGGGCGGAGAAACUGUUUUGGUCUGCUCGUGGGCUUUUCUUUAUAAGACUGUGGGUUCUAAUGGUACAAAAGAAUAAAAAAAUCAAAAGUGAAUGCUUCAGUAUGAAAGCGGAAUACAACAGCUUUUUUUUUUACUACAAUGCAUGCUUUACUUAAAGCAAGUGACCCUAAUUCUCGAUUAAAUUUCAUUUUUUUUUUCCUCCCCAGCUGAAUACUAACAACAGUCAACGUGAACAAGAGUCCAGUUCUUCAAAAGUAAGAAGGCGGAGAGAAGUAGCACAGACAAACGAAGAACUGGUAAGAAACAUGAUUUUUUAUGUUCCAGUGCAAAAAUAGAAAGCAUGUAAGAAAAAUCGCUGUCUUUUUUAAACGAAAAGUGGAGCUUAAACCACAGUUUUUGAGAUAAAGAGUACAAAGUCGGCACCAAACGUGGGAAACCUCGCUUUCAAAUUUUAUGAAAAAGUAGAGAGCUUUGCAAAUGUUAAACCACGGCACUCAACAACACUUAGGAAAGUCAUUGUAAAUUACCAGUUUGUUUUCAAUAUUUCAAUAACAAAAUAAUUUUUGCAAAAUUAUCGUAAAAUUGUUAAAUGCAGCACUUGUGGAAAUUACUUUUCAGCCAUGCAAAUCUGAUAACGCCAUGACGUGCCUAAGGGUUCCUUGCGUCUUGGGAAGAAUGAAGAAAGGGGAUGAUGUGAAGAUACAGAUAAGGUCCCGGCUCUGGCAGAAUACUCUCAUUAAGGUACUUUUUAAUUGAGAGGCGCCUUUCAAUGCUUUCGGUUCCAAAAGACUUCUUGUUUUUGAAUACUGAAGUAUUUCUUUGCUCAUAGACGAACGCUGGCUCGAUGAACCUUACAACGACGGCUCAAGUGACUCCUCCAACUGGUGUUAAAGAACCAAAAACUACAGAUAACAUUGUUACGGUUUGUGCCAACUGCUUUUUCUUUUUUUUUUUUUUUUUCCAAAAUUUUUGUACAUUCUUUAACGACCCGUCUUUUCAUAUUCAUUCCUGACGAGAGCCCCCGGUUUCCUAGCUACCCUGGGUUUGGCGAUGUCAUGCCGGGGACAAAAUGACGAAAUUUAACUAAAUUUAAAUGCCUUUUAAAAAAAAAAAACAUAGCGAAAUCGAAAGACUUCUUUUUCACUAUAUGUUACUGCAAUGGUCAGAAAUCCUCUUCUUCCUCCAGAUGUCUGUUUUUAUCUAAAGAGCACCUGUCAUGAUCAAAACUACCUUUCAUCUUUGUCAUUCAUUUAGGUGAUGUUUUUCAUUAAAACUGUUUAAAAAAAAUCGACCUUGGCAAAGUUGGCAUUAUUUAUCUAUGUUGUCAUCUUUGUGUUGUCUUGCAUUUCUUUGGGGAAACAGUUUACAGGAGAAAAUUCGUUUGAAUCCCUGUCGAUAGUUUGAGCUUUGAAACGCGUAAAUCAGAGGGUUGCAAAAUGAAUUGGCGAUCAGAAGAAACCGAACGGUUUUAUGAAUUAAAAACAGGCGAGGGCGGUCACUUGCAGCGGUCUCUUUGUCGAUAGUGGUUAGAUAUAUAAAGAAUAAAGAAAAUGGCAAAGUGCAAACGCAAAAUAGGAGCAUAACCCACAAAAGAAGCUUAAAGAGCUGCCUUUUUGAGCGUCGUUCUGCCAACGCUUGACUGCCCGAACCUUGCAAAGCUGCUGCACAUAUUGUAUGCGUGAUGAAAAAUCCACGGAAAAGUUCGAAAUAGCAGAAAAUUACAAGGAUGGUUGGAAAAAUUCCAAAGACAAUAGAAGUAAACGUUAUAAAGCCUUCGUGAUGAUAAUAUUCGUCAAUUCUCCAAGGUCGUUUGCACGGAUAGCCUGAGUGAGGAUUUGAGUCCACAGUAUUUGAUAAUAAGUCAGGAACGCAGGAUGAGACGGACAGUAUCCACAAUAAGGCAACCACGUAAGGAAGUCGGUUUUUAGUUAGUCUUAAACCAAUUUCGAAGGGUCUGACAAGCGCCAAGUAUCUUUCCACAGCUAUUGUGCUAACUGUCAAGGCGGCAGCGUUCAUCGUCAUCGGAACAAAUGCAUUUCCCGCGAAGACUUUACAGACAAAAUCUCCAAUUGUUUUAUCAAAAUGCACUUUGGUAAGAAGAUAGUCGUAGCUACCAGGACAUAGAAUCAAAGUCAGUAGAUCGGCGAUGGCCAAAUUUAGCAGGAGAUAGUUUGUUGUGGUGUGCAUUGAAGGUGUCUUUCGAACAAUGGUGAUUAUAACACAGUUAGCGGGAAUGCCGAUGGCAAUGAUCAUGGAGUACAAGACUGCGAAAGCCACAUCGUGAUCGGACAAAGAAAUUGAACUGUUGUCAAAAGGUACCGUGUUGUUAAAUGCCAUAGGAUAGUUUAAAGAGGAACGGUUCAGAAAAAAACCUUACCUCAAGUUCGCUAGUUCUGUCUUUUGCUUACUGAGUUGGAGUUGCUUUUGAAUUGUAUACUACGUCAAUAUUAAUAUUUCAUCACUGUGACAAUUAUGCAAGAUCAUCCAAAGAAAAUUCAGGCAAUGAAGGGAAGUUAUAAGGAUUCUGUUCGUGGUUGAAGUCCUUUACCAAGAAGAAUUUUUGAUCAGUAUAGCACGCUUCUGUUCUCUAGCAAGACACGACGGUAUUCUGCAAAGUCGUAAAUAGAUUAGCAUAUGAACGCAGCUGCUCUCUUUCCGUUCUUGAGUGGCUCACGUACGUUAUUGACGUUUUAUCGAUCAUCUUUUUCUUUGCUAGUGGUAGGUUUGAAAAAUGAUCAGGAAAUGGUAUGCCUUAUGACUUUUAUAUCUCAUUUCCGAUAAAAUUCUGAAGUUAAUGCAUACUUUUUGAUGUGACGUCUUCAUCGAUUUUUCUGACUUCGCUAAAGAUUAUAUUAACUACCAUUACCGAUUUUGAAAAGCAUUGCCACCAAAUAAUCUUACAUUACUUGCUUACAACGAGGUAUCUUAUAUUUUUCCCUUUCAUUUUGUGAAGCGAAAAGUCUUCGUCUUAGCUGCAUGCAGUGAUGGAAAUCCACUGAAUAUUCAGCCUCACGGACUUCCGUCAUGAUAGAAACUAUUAAUAUUGAUUUGAAAAUGAUGAGGAUCAUAUUGAGAAAGUCGUUUGUCAAUCUUGUUAAGCACAUGCUGCUAUUCACUGUCUCCUUCGCUCUUUGAAUCUUGGUUUUCCUCCCACGUUACGUUGCUACGUUCUUCAAUCCGUUUCUUUUUACCCACGUUCACCUGAUUGUCCAAGAGUGGUUGAGGACAAAAUUAACCAAAGCAGCUCGGUCAAAUUAAGUUUGCCUUUUUUUUCUGCCAAGAUGGCUCGUUACUUCCCAGGAUGCUCUUUGAGGGUUAUUGAAAUUUCCAUAGAAAUAUAAGAAAGAAGACGGCAAAUAGCACGGUUGUCAUCUUCAUUACGCAGGCUUUUUGAUAAGGAGUUGACUGUGUGGGAGAAUGAUUAAACAGGCCUCGCAGGCCCCAUUCAAACCAUCUUGAAGUUAAACUGGGCCAGCGUGAUUGAAUAUUGCUGAUAAAUAAAAAAUUAACUAAACCAACACUCUCUUGGUUCUUUCUUUUUUUAUCGUCUAUAAAACAUGUAAAUAUAUAGCUGUUUUUACGCCUAAGUUACUGUAUAGACUGCUGCAAACAUUUCUCAUGCAAAAAGGCGCGGGAACAUUUUAGACAAUCAUGUAGCUUCAUAGAGAGAGUCACAUAAUGAUUAUGCUAUACCAAUCCUCGGUUUCUUUCUCGAUCAAGAUGUAAAAGGUAAAUUUUAAUUGGCUGACGUGCUGGGAAAAUUGUUGCAAUAGGGCAAGUAGACGUUUUGCUGUUAUUUUUAUUGUUGCACCAAACUAUCCACCUUUUUCGAGAGUGAUAUCGCAUGAUGACAUUUAAAUAACCGCCAUGGGCUAGUUAUUUCAACUACAGAGAGGACAGAUAUCAUUCUUAAAUGGUUUCAUGGAGAUAGUUAUCAUUUCCUUUUGGGUAGUAUUGUGUUUGCCAACAACUUUGGUGCGAGAUCGAAGGAGAAAACUUUUGUAAAAGUAAAAAGAAGUUAUCAUUUGUAACGAAUUGAAAUCGAUAAAAGACUGGAGCACACAUUGUGAUAAUAGUGUACUCAGGGCCUGCUGGAGUAACAAGAGCCGUUUGUUUAUUUUUUUAACAGAUUCGACUGACUGCCAAUCCAAAGACUACGCCAAAAAGCGGCGGAGGAAAGGUGGCGGCCUGGAUCAUUAUCGUGUCUAUUUUAGGAGGACUUCUACUUUUCUGUCUGGUAGGAUUCGCCCUUUACAAGGUAAGUUGGAUAUCACGGUGUUUGCUUUCGCCGAAAUUUUUAUCACAAUGGGCGACAUCUUUGGAUAUGAUUUUCCAGAAAUUGUAGUAUCAGGCUUACAAAGCAGCAACUAAGAUAUAUUGCCCGGUUAUUUGGCCUCAUAAAUGGGGCAUAGGACACCGCAUCGACCGACCCUGGUUGGGAUAGUCCUUAAAACAACGCUGUAGUCACUGUUGGGUCUCUAGGAAAGAAACCUAAAUCUCUUCCCCCCCCCCUCCCCCCCUCCCCCAACAUGGGCGUAUACAGCGUCGAAUCCAGGAAGGAUAAGAAUGGGAUAGUGGGCACAAAAGAGAUUGAUUUGCUUUACCUGCCCCUCUCUCCCCCUCCCGUUCUUAUUGAGUUGACCACUCAAGCUGGUUUAAGUUAUCAUCAGUACACGUGAAAAGGUGAAUCUCCCCUUAGACAGCAACACGAUGAUUACCUCUGAAAGCACUGCAUUCUGACUAGUUCUAAACAAUUUGAGAUCAGCACGCUUAGCAUUUAUUCUGGCUCCCACUUUCAAUUCUGUAACGGUAUAGUCAAUAUUCGUUGUUAAAAGAUUUCUUUUUUCCUUUUUUUUUUUUUUUUUUUUUUUCCCUGACAGUUUGGCUUCUUUAAACGAAAACGCUUUAACAAGGAUGAAGUAGCCGAGGAGGAAUUGACGCCCAUGAGGACACUGGAACCAAGUUCAGAUAGCAACGGCAAAUCUGGCCCAGUCCGUGUUUAAGUCCAAGCCGAGCUUUAGACAGCAGAAAUGGCUGUCUAGAUAACCGUCUUUUGAUUGGAUUUACAACAAGCAGAAAGAACGAACUAGCCUUACAUCAACUUUAAUCUGUGACAUUUAGAAAAAAAAUAGUUCGAGAAUAUUUAAUUACAAGAUGUAAAGUUUUAAAUUGAGAUGAGCGGAUUUACCGCAUCACCCAAACAUGCAAGCUCAGUCUUUGGUCAUAAGUGUUUCGGCGCGCCCACGAUCCUCUCCAGGCCACCGUUAUUUCAAAAGUUAGGCAUGUGCAAUUGGAUCAAUUAAAGCCAGCAGAGCCCUAAUUUCUAGGGCUGAAUUUUCUAUUAGAAACUGACGAAAUUACCGAAACUUGAGUAUUACCAAAACGGAUGUACGUUUAAAAACACUGAUUAAUACUGUGGGUUUCCGGCGUGUUUUGCUUUUUCUUUUUCGAUAUCAGUCACAAUUGGAUACCUCUUGGUAUCUUGGAUUUCAACUUUUGCACCAGCGCAGACGUUUGGCCGCUGUGAUACCGGGGUGUGGACAGGAAUGCAGGUGCACCUGAACAACCAAAGCUGAAAAUUGAGUCAACAAAACAUUCCGUGAUCGCUAGUUUACUAAAUGCUGAUAAUAUCAACUUAAAGUAUUUUUCUUAAGACCUCAGUUUCAUACUGUUGAAUAACUAAUAAUAAUUUUGAAAUUUCAAGUUAGGUCGUCAUGUUCUUACUAGGAAAAAUGACUCCAUUUUCAAUUUGCAAUUAGAGUUUCAAUGAAGCCCAUAUGUCUAUUUUUUAAUACUUUGGGAAAAAGAAAAGUCUUCAAUAGACUCAAAGUAUUCGAUGUAAAGCAUAAUAAUAGUUUUCUUGAAAUAGACUGUACAUAGUUAGAAAUGGG